GGAGGAUCGCAAUGCGUUGCUCGGUGAGAGUCAGAUUCCCUCUGUUAACACAGACCGGGGCGCUGAACUAAUAACACCUUCAGGAAAAUACCUUUUGUCCCAGUCUUAAGGAUCUGGUUCCAAAUAGCACUGCCUGACAAUUAACGUUAAAAAAUGGAAUUGGAAGAAGGCCAGUCGUUUGUGGUCCUUUGCGCCUGCUCUACCAUUCAAUAACAUUAUGACUGAUUACUAAAAGCAUGGAGAAUACAGCCCGGUCUGAUAGGGUGGACUCACAGCAACAGGUUCGAUCCCCGUUCACUCCAGGGAGAAGAUACAAUGAACAUUCUUGCCAUGAUUCCAAUGAUCAGUACAUCAAGUUAGUACAAAGGGGAAUCAUUAACAGAAUACAGAGAAAGGGUUUUAGCGCCAAUCAUGGGAUUGCUGGGAAUUCCCUGCAGCCUGUUGCUGACACAUUUAAGGCGAAAGACCUUGACAUCGAAAUGGUUAAAACUUUAGCAAAGAAGCCAGUCGUUAACCAUGAUUUUGGCAUGGUGUUCACUGAUCACAUGCUCAUGAUUCACUGGACAUUAUCUGGAGGCUGGGAGAGACCACGGAUUCAACCUAUGCAGAACCUCUCGCUGCACCCUGCGGUAUCGGCCCUCCACUAUUCCGUGCAGGUGUUUGAAGGUCUGAAGGCAUUCCGAGGGGUGGACAACAAGAUUCGGCUAUUCCGACCCAUGAUGAACAUGGACCGGAUGCUGAAAUCAGCCAUUAGGGCUACUCUUCCUACUUUUGAUCAGACUGAGCUGUUGGAAUGCAUCAAAAAGUUGUUGCAGCUGGAGAAAGAAUGGGUACCCUACUUCAAGGGUGGAAGUCUCUAUAUUCGCCCAGUUUUUAUCGGGACCGAGGAGUCCAUUGGCAUGAAGCUGUCGACGAAAGCGUUGCUCUACGUGAUCAUGUGUCCGGUUGGCUCGUACUUCAGCAUAGAUACGUCAAACACUGUGUCCCUGUGGGCGAACCCCAAGUAUGUUCGAGCCUGGAAAGGAGGGACGGGUGACUGCAAAUUCGGCGGAAAUUAUGGAGGUUCAUUUUACGCACAGUCAGAAGCCAAGAAAGUGGGAUGUCACCAGGUGUUGUGGCUGUAUGGAAAUGAUGAGAGGAUAACUGAAGCAGGAACGAUGAAUCUCUUUCUUUAUUGGAUAAACGAGCAUGGAGAGGAAGAGCUUGCAACACAUCCACUGGAUGGCAUCAUAUUGCCUGGAGUCAUAAGGCAAAGCAUUCUGGAUUUAACUCGCAAGUGGAAUAAGUUCAAAGUUGCGGAGCGUUUGGUAACGAUGGAGCAGCUUAUCAAAGGUGUGAAUGAAGGCCGAGUCAAGGAAAUGUUUGGAACAGGAACAGCUUGCACUUUGUGCCCAGUGCACCAGAUCCUUUACAAAGAAGAGAGCCUGCACAUUCCAACCCUGGAAAGUGGAAGACAGUUAAUAAGGGAGCUUGCUGACAGCCUGGCCAAUAUACAAUGUGGAUGCGAAGAGAGUGACUGGACCUGCGUGGUGGCGUGAAGCUUGGAGCGUUUUUACAAGCAGUCCGACUGAAGGCUUGAGUAACUGGACAAAUGCCAAGUUUCACAAUAGCUCUGACUCCUCUUAAACGGUAUUAAUGUCACGGUGAAGGAUUGCUGAUCUUUAGCAUUCAAUAGAGUUAAGCACAAAUCAGUUUGUAAAGUAUAUCCACUUUCCACGUGAUCAGUAGAACAGUUUUAUAUCAGGCGGAGGCACUGGCAACAACUGCCUUCUCACCGGUUCUGAUUUUGUUUUGCUGAUGAGCCUCAUCAUGUCUCAUUCUCACUUCUCUAGUUCAGUGGCUCUGUAUAGUGUUGCCUCCAAGUUACAACUGUGUCAUCAGCUUUGACACACUAAGUGUAGCUCAUACCUGGUGUCUACCUGCCCCUCUUGUCUAUCAGUCAACUCCACUGUACAGGAAGAAUUAGUGUGCCAUCCUUUAAUAAAUGGAGUUAGUGAAAUGUGAGAUAAUAUCCUUAUCAAAUAAUAAAGGUCCAGAAUUGAGGUCAACAUGGCAUUGAUUAGGCUUGUAAACUCCUACACUCCUCUAAGUCAGGGGUUCCCAACCUUUUUUAUGCCAUAGACCCCUACCAUCAACCGAGGGGCCCGACCACCUCUGGCUGAGAGUCCCUGCUCUGCCACGUUGCAUUAGUAGCAGAGAUAUAUUGUGUUCCAAAAGUAAAAUUGUAAUAGCUGAAGUGCCAAAUAAUGGAUUUCUAAUGAUUACACACCAAACUGAGAUGUAGCUGACAUCAUGUGAAUGUUUGAUCAUUUAUACACAACCUUUGGUAACUUUCUGAUGCUGUUAAAUAGAUGCAAGUAAACUAUGGCUUUUAAAAUAUAAGACACACUGUAAAUGAUAUGCUCUGUAUUUAUUCUUUCAGUGUAUUCUCAAUUCUUUUGAUCCUUGCAAAGAUGAUGGUUUGGGAAGAUAUGAACAUGCUAAAUAGAAAAACAUGCCUUAGAUUCUGCUUUCUGCAGUUCAUUCCAUUGACUUUAGUCAAAUGGACUUUGGAGGUCAUGUAGCAGCACAUUGACCAUUCCUCACGAGCAGCAAGUUCCUGAACAUGUGGGCUUAAGUGUUAAUGCAUGGCGAUGAUUGGGAUAACAUAUAGCCUAGAUUCAAUUCCAUAGAUGUCAAUCAAUUUCAUUUUAAGUUAAGUGUCUUAAAGGAUUUGGAACCAAUGGACUUAAAUUGCAGGGGAAAGUGUCAUGUUGGUACAAACUCCCAAGACCUGUUCCAUUUCACACAUUUAGGGUUAAACAGCAGUCAGUCCUGCAGCUUCUAAUUGAAUUCAGUUUCACCAAAUGGUUAAAUAGAAUUUUAAUUCAUGGCUUCAGGAUUGCAAAUUUACCAUCCUUUUGUACUGUUCCAACAUAAAUUAAACAGUAUCCUUUCUAACUUCGGCUUAUCUUGAGGGAAUGAUUCUGGUGUACACACUGGACAGGGUGUUGUGUGGAAGUACUGUCAUGCCACACUGUUGUAGAACUGCCAAACUGUUAUUCCCUUACACAGGUCACAGUACUCCUCAAUACAUAGUGUUCAUACAUAUUUACAGUUUGAUGCACAUUUAUAUAGUUAAGGUGCCUAAUACUUUUGAACAGUAUUCUAUACAAAUACCAAUAUUUUGAUAGAAAAUACCAAAGCGAGGCCAGUAUCAGAGCUUCAUUAAUGUGGUCAUAGCCCAGAAUCAUACAUGAGGAAUGGUUUUUGAAUGAGAUAGUAAGCUGAGGCAACAAAAAGCAAAAAACAAUGUAUAACUACAGAUAUUGAACAUCUGAAAGUGCAAAGGGUUUUGACUCUAAAUUUUAGAGGGAUAUGGGCCAACUAUGGCAAAUCGGAUUAACUUAGAUGGGGCUUUUGAUCAGUGGACCAGUUGACUGCUGUUUGAUUCUAUGAAACUAUGAAAUCAGAAAAUGCUGGAAACACUCAGCAGGUCAGGCAGCAUCUGUGGAAAGGAAAUUAGUUAUCCAGUUGACAAUUCUUUCAUGGUGGUGGACUUUCAUCGGUUGUAUUUCUGUCUCCAUAGAAAGACUGUUUUGUAUUUGUUCUGUCAAAUGAGAUUUAAAAACUUUCCAUGCAAUAGCAAGAAACCUGCCUGCUUUCCUGGCCAAUAUGUAGCAUCUGAAUGAUGCCUCAAAUUGUGUGGGCAUCUGCCUCAAUAGUGGUUGCGUUGUCAACCUAUGGGCAAACUGUCCCAUGAUCCUCUCCCUUCUCCAGCUGUGUAUCCCUUUUGCCAAUCAACUUUCCAGCUCUUAGCUUCAUCCCUUCCCCUCCUGUCUUCUCCUUUCAUUUCGGAUCUCCCCCUCUCCCUCCCACUUUCAAAUCUCUUACUAUCUCUUCUUUCAGUUAGUCCUGACGAAGGGUCUCGGCCCAAAAUGUUGACUGUACUUCUCCCUAUAGAUGCUGCCUGGCCUGCUGUGUUCCACCAGCAUUUUGUGUGUGUUGUUUGAAUUUCCAGCAUCUGCAGAUCUCGUGUUGGCAAACUGGAAUUCCCUACAUUACACCAGUGGCCACAUUGAAAGCUCUCAUUGGCUUUGAAGUGUUUGGGGACCUGUAUUUAAACCACAAAAGCACUGAACAAAUUCAGGCUCUGUUUUCUGUUUGAGACCUGCAUUUACAAGGAAGAGGACCUGGUACUCGUGGUGAGGUCUUGAGGAUUCUGCACCAUGCCUGUGUAACAGAUUACUUUGUGCAGUGCUAACUAUGUGCAGUGCUUCUGUGCAAAUUUUACUGUUGUUUAUAUUCCUGGCCACAGAAUAGAACAAUAAAAAAAAUACUUGUA